AUGUCUCUUGAAUUACAUGAUCUUCAAUUUACCCCGCCAGAAGUUAUCGCCGCACGCAUCUCCGCCACCCGUAAGUCAUUCCUCGAGCACAAGACCCGCAAUGUUGAAUUCCGCCUUUUCCAGCUCCGCAAGCUCUACUGGGCGAUUAAAGAUCAUGAGGAAGAGAUCAUCCUCUCUUGUGCCCAGGACCUACACAAGCCGCGCUUCGAGGUUGAGGUUAUCGAGAGCGGCUGGCUACUGAAUGACAUUGCUUUCACCACCAGACAGCUACACAAGUGGUUGAAGGACGAGAAAGCCUCCGACAUUGACCUCUUUUCCAAGCUCAUGAGCCCUAAGAUUCGUAAGGAUCCACUGGGCUGUGUAUUGGUGAUCGGUGCAUUCAAUUUCCCGUUUCAGCUAACCUUAGGCCCUGCUAUUGGCGCUAUUGCUGCUGGUAAUACCGUUAUCAUCAAGCCCUCUGAGAACGCACCCCGUAGCGCCGUUGUCAUUCAAAAGAUCUGCGAGGGAUCCCUCGACCCUUGCUGCUAUUCUGUGGUCCAAGGUGGCGUUAUUGAGACGCAGAAUCUUCUAUCAGAGCGCUGGGAUAAGAUAUUUUUUACAGGAGGUGCUAACGUCGGCCGCAUCGUCGCCAAGGCAGCUGCACAUUACUUAACUCCAGUGGUACUCGAACUAGGUGGCAUGAACCCAGCCAUUGUCACCAAAACUGCUGACCCCCGGCUUGUUGCGCGCCGCUUGCUUUGGGGCAAGACCUUGAAUGCAGGCCAGGUCUGUAUGUCACAGAAUUUCCUACUUGUCGAUCAAUGUCUUGUAUCUCAAGUGGCAGAUGAGUUCAAGAGGGCAUAUAAGGAAUUUUAUCCUAUGGGUGCCAAGGAGUCCCCUGACUACGCGCGUAUCGUCAACAUAAAGCAGUUCCGGCGCCUUAAAGCAAUGCUGGAUGACAGCAAAGGAAAGAUUCUGCUUGGAGGUGCUAUGGACGAGAGCGAGCUCUUUAUUGAGCCCACAGUCGUUCAGAUUACUUCCGGAAAAGACUCUUUAUGCACCCAGGAAAGCUUUGGACCUAUCAUUCCGAUUUUGCCCUUUGAGAACUUGGAUCAGGCUAUCAGAAUCGCUAAUGACAUCCGGAGCACCCCGCUGGGGCUCUACCCAUUUGGCUCCAAAUCCGACGUUUCGAAGAUCAUCACGUCCACUCGCUCUGGUGGUGUUUCUUGCAAUGACGCCGCUCUGCAUAUUCCCACCCUGCCCUUCGGUGGCGUAGGGGAGAGUGGCUACGGCGCCUACCGCGGUCGCUCCUCCUUCGACGUCUGGGUGCACCGGCGGCCCAUCACCAGAAGCCCCGGCUGGCUCGAGUCUGUUCUUGCUAUUCGUUACCCGCCAUACGCUGGUAAGCUGAACAAGUUCAAGGCCACCAAUAGUCUAAAGCCAGACUUCGAUCGCACCUGUCAUAAAAAGACUAAGCUUGGCUGGCUGCGUUUCAUAUUGGUGCUCGGUGGCCGUGCCCCUGUCGCUGCCAAACUCCAGGGUUUCGACCAAUAUUACAUCCCAGGAUAA